UCAAGCUGCUGUUGGUGAACAGAUGGGAGGAGGAGCUUGACUGACAUUUCCCUUACUCUCUGGGUUAUUGGUGCUGAGGCCAAGUUGACAGACAAGCCCAACGGCCGAACGCGCGCGCGGUGAGCACGGGAGCGGAGCGCGCGGCGAUGCUGCCGUUAUUGGCGAGGCUGGAGGUCGAGGACUGCCCCAAGUUCAUUCACAGAGUAAUUGAUGGUAUUUGUGGACGUGCACUCCCCCGAUUCCGGGAUUUUGGAAGCAUUUGGAGUCUGGUGGAAUGGAUGGAGGUCCUAGAGGAAACCUCCGCAUUUGUGCAACAUGCCAUUGGCAAGCAUUUGCCAGAUGAAGAGAUUCUCCAGCUGUUGGAUGGAUUGAAUGCACCCCAUCAAGAAGCAGUACUUAACUGUUUAAAAGGAAGAAAAGAGGAGCUCAAGUCAGCCUUAAUUGAGAAAACAAAUGCUGUGUCAUCUGCUCAACUACAGGAUUUUGAUUGGCAGCUAAAGUUACCUCUGUCGAGUGAUAAGAUUGCCUUUCUUCAAACACCACUGCUGAAUCUUGACCUUGAUGUUAGGGAAAAUGGAGUAUUGAAGCCGGUUUCCAUUGAGAUGGACAAAGAAGAGUUGCAAACCCUCAUUCACUCUCUGGAGGCAGCAAAUAAGGUUGUUCUACAAAUAAAAUGACUGGAGAUAAUCAGUGGCAUCUAUUUCUGUAACAGUUGCAGUACAGACUGAGAGCUACUUGGAGCUUUGCACUGAUAUUGAAGUAAAAGCGAGUAAUUGCAUCAUCAAGAUUCCAUGAAUAAAUAAAGUCAAGCCUGGAGAACUAUCAGAAAUUUGAAAACCUGUUUUAUUCUUUAAAGUAUUUGGUUAACUUUUGACACUCAGCAGAACCAAAGAUAUUGGAUAUACACAGUAUUUGAUCCAAUAGCUAGCCACAAUAAUUGAAAUACACAGCACUAAAGUUUUUGUUUUGUCAUCUGAAUGAUGAUCUGCAGCUUAUUUGUACAUUUAUUACUUGAUUCAAGAGGCUUGCAGAAAAGACUUUAACCAAGGAAAUAACUUUGUUUCUAAAGUUGUCGUAUCAGAUUUCCCUCAUGAUUGUUCAUGUGAAUUUUACAACUCAAUUUUCAACAUAGGAAGAGCAAACUGCAAUUACUGAUUCAUCUGCAGUAUUUUAGUGUGUUGCCUAAUAACGCAUUGCAAUUGGCACAAUUCUUGCAACUACUUGAGAAUUGAUUAUCUUUUGAGAAGGGGAAGGAGAAAUGUAUAACCAGGAAAAAACGUCUUGCAAAUGUGUGUAUGUAUGUAUGUGUAUAUAUAUAUAUAUAUAUACACAUAUAUAUAUACCAUAUGCAUGCUCAUUCUUCUAUUUUGUAAGUUAUUUAACCCUUUUUAGUCUACAUAUUCAUUCAUGUUGCUUGCACUCCGUCCUAUGAUAAUUCUGUUGUAAUUAUGAACUAUUGUAGUUGCAGAUUUGGGAGCAACUGCUAUGAUAUUUUUGCUACAGGGGAUGUAAAGUGCCCCCAGUCUGAGAAUUCAUGGCCUGCUGGAGGCUUAAGUCUGUGGGCAGAGGCUGUUAGGAAAGCGGAACUUUGGAAGUCAGUGGCUACACAUAUUAAAAAUCUGUUAAUUGGAACUUCCAACACUUUAUUAGCACCCAUUAGCUAUCCAGAGGUUGAAAAUUCCUGAACUAUCUGAUUUUGUUGUGCUCUCUUGCUGUUAACUGUUAACUGAUGUGCUAAAGAGUUCUCUUCGUGUGCUGUCUCACUGCUGCAGCAGCUGACACUUCCCAUAUUCAAUUCAGCGAAGGAUCCCAAAGCUCUAUCUUGUAAACUCUACAAUUUAAAUCCAGGACUUGUGGACAAAGUUCUAACAUUUAAAUCAAAAUUAGAUUCAAUCAAUGAACCACACUGAUAUCUAGUUAUAUUAAUGAAAUAAGAGUAAUGAAUAUUUCUAGUAAGUUAAAAUAAAGCCGGACAAUCUAUAGGUGUUUUUUAAUGAGUUUAACAUUUUCUUUUCUCCUUUGACUGAGAGGCAAUGAGAGCCUUUACUCUAUGGACUUUGCUCAUUACUGAACUGCUGUGCUACAAGGACUUUAGUGUCCUCUUUUAAUACAUGAAAAGCCGCUGAAUUCAGGUGACUGAAGUCAUACAGGUUUUGGUUAAAUCAAGGUUUGUAUGAGUAAAGAGAAAGGGGACCAUGAAGUAACUGGAGAGACAUGAUAAAUCUUGUGGGGAAAAGAAGAGCAUUUGGAGAAUCCUCCUUCUAUAAUGUUUGUGCUGGAAACCCUACAAUAUAAAACCAUGACUCGUGGACAAAAGUUCUAGCAUUUAAACCAAAAUUAGUUUCAAUCAAUGAAUCUUGACCUCAUGGUAGAAACACACGCUGAUGUCAGGUUGUAGUAAUUAAAUAGGGGUAAUGAAUAUUUAUAGUAAGUUAAAAUAAAAUGGGACAAUCUAUUUAUAGGUGUGAUUUUUUUUUAAAUAUGGGUUUGACAUUUUCCUCCUCUGAGGGAUGAUGGGAGCUUUUACUCUCUGGUUUUUGCUCAUCCUGCUUUAAGCAGGUUGCCAAGAGAUGCCCAUGACUGACUCAGGCUAGCUCCUCCCUCAAAGCAGUGCAACCAUGAGUAGGAGCUUAUUGAAGUUGGCUUUGAAUAUGUGUCCCACCACUUUGUGCCACCACUAUACUGCACAGCAGAACUCUGUUAGAUCCUUUGCUAUUAUUUCCUUUUGACUGGAUAAACUACAUUGAUAAACUUCUAACUCUUGACAAGUCUGCUAGAAUCCAACAGAAAAUUUUCAUUUUGGAAAGCUUGUACUACAGGCCUGAGCUCAGUUCUUGUAGAAGGGGCUUUCACUGCCUUGUCCUUGUGAAACUCAUAAUGGGCUCUUAUGAUGUGCAGAGUAACUAAAAAUAGAUGUUAUCAACUUGACAAGGGCUAAUUCAUCCUUUAACUAGAGGCAUUCGCUACUCUACUGAGUGAACCGUAUCUUUCCUCUUGAUCCCUUGUAGGGGAAUUUUCAGAGUUCAGUCUCACUUUUUUUUUUGUUUUGAGAUGCUUAAAAUGCACUGAUGUCCCUGAAAGGGAAGGCCGCGCAGGCAUUUUUAAAAUUGUCGUGUUACAUGUGCCUUAAACUGAAUUUACCAUAAUAUUGAAAAAACUAUUCCAAGUUUUGCACAUUCCUGUGGUAUGUGGCCAAUGUCCCCCGGAAAAUUGAAAUUACCCAGUUUGUGAUGAUUUUUAAUAAAAAAUGUUGGUCCACAUGUGCACUGCAUAGCAAAACACAAGUUCCUGUUGCCAAUAUUUGUCAUCUGUUUGAAUAAAUGUUACAAAUUAAACUGGAAAUUUGACAUUUAAAAA